AAACAGACAGAUGGGUCUGAUUCACCUGUUUUUCCUGUGUUUGUGUAUUAGUGUCUGUGUGUGUGUGUGUGUCAGUCACCCUUAUCUCAAUGCCCAGGAGGCGUCAUUACACAUUAAGACUACAUUACAAGCUGUUGAAAGAUAGACAGAGGAAGGCUGCUAUCGGAGAGAACACGACACACACCCUUCACUACAGCAAGAGUGACAGAUCAGUGAAAACACAUAGUUAGAGAGAGAGAGCUAGCGUGAUAGAGAGAGAGAGAGAGGGAUAGUGAGAGAGAGAGAGUUAGGGAGAGUGAUUGAGAGAGAGAGAGAGAGGGAAGAGUUCUGAGGAAAGUAGGAAGAAGAUAUACACCAAGACUGGAAGAAAUGAAAUAAAGGAAGUCUUUCCCUGACUCUUCUCCAUCUCUUUCUCUACCCCAGGAUUAGGACUAUUUGAUCACUGACAUGGCCCACAACCAAACCAUCCCCCUCACAAAACCCUCCUCGUCCCUUUCUCUGUUCUCCUCCUCCACGCCCCCCAUCCUGUUCCUGUCCGCCUCCAACCACAUCCUGAACACCACCAUGUCUGUUUUUGCGGCGAACCAAAGCAUUGUGGGUAAUACCACCUCCACAACAGUAGGGUCGCUCAUUUUGGGUCUGGUGUUUCUCCUUGGCGUCCCCGGCAACCUUUUCAUCAUCUGGAGUAUCCUGGCCCGCGCCCGCCGCCGAUCUGUCACCACCCUCCUCAUCCUCAAUCUGGCAGCGGCCGACGGCUCGCUCAUGGCGCUCACGCCGUUCUUCAUCGUGUACCUUGUGAAGAGCUGGAUUUUUGGCAACAUCAUGUGCAAGAUACUCUUCUACCUGUGCCUGGCCAACAUGUACGCCUCCAUCCAGCUGAUCAUGCUGAUGAGCCUGCACAGGCUGGUGGCCGUGGUGUGGCCGCGGCGCGUUGCUGCCCUCGCUGGUCGGAAGGCGGUACUGCGGGGUGUGCUGGUACUGUGGAUCCUGGUGCUAGUUGCGUCCAUCCCCGUGUUGCUGUUCAGGGGCCAACUGAUGGCCACGUACCCCAACGGGAGGAGCCGUAUGGUGUGUGAGUCAUUACACAAGCAGCAGAGUCAAGUGGUGGUCCAGUACACGUUGGAGACGGUGCUGGGAUUUGUAGUUCCUUACGGGGUGAUUGUAGGCAGCUACAUCUGCAUCCUGCGGAGGAUCAGACAGACCAGGUUCAGGAGAAGGAUCCACAGUGAGAAACUCAUCCUAACCAUCGUGGUCACCUUUGGAAUCUUCUGGCUGCCCUACCAUGUCAUCAAUAUUGUGCAGGUUGCUGCAGCACUUUCUCCGAACGAUUCAGCUAUAAAAGCAAGACUGGACCUUAUCUGGAAGUCCAGCCGUGUGGUCACAUCGACACUUGCAUUCAUCAGCAGCUGUGCCAAUCCAGUCCUCUAUACCUUCGCCGGCAAGUCCUACAUCCGGCGGGAAGGCUUUGCCUUCAUGGCCCGUCUGUUCGAGGGCACUGCGCUGGACUCCGGGACCAGGAAGAACCGACAGAACAGCCAGAACAGCCGAGAGAGAGACAGGGACGCAGAGGGGGUCGGGCUGAAGGAAAAGGAGCUAGAAUCCACGACCAGCGCCAGCGCCAAUGUUGUGAGCCCCAUCAGUGUGAAGCCUGUGAAAAAUGGCAAAUAAUGACCCUUACAGGAACUGGAUGCUAUUGUGGCGGAAGCUGUUUUGGAGGGAUAACACUGCCUAAGACGGGUGGUUUCCUGCAGUUCACCAGGCGGCCACUAGAGGUGUGUACAAGUCAUGUUCCCUAAUGGUUAUGACUGACUGACUGAACCUUAUUAUGUUUUUAGAGGUGGUGAUUCAAGCUCAGGAGGGAUGGGGGAGAAUUUUGUAAAUGAUCUUAGCAGUAUGUUUUGUCUGACUGUCUCUUUCUCUAUUUGUGUGUGUGUGGUUUACUGCUGUAAGGACAGCAAUAAGAGCACUGUAAUGUUUUACCAAUAUUUUCAUACUUUUUUUGCUACAUUUAUUUUCUCAAAAUCAUUAAGACAUGUUGCCAUGUUGGGCCAGCAAUAAAAUAAAACACACUUUUCUCA